AUGACCAGUAGACAUACUCGGAGCAACGCACAAGGACCAUUGCAUCAGCUCACCAACGAAGAACUAGCGAGAUUAGAACGUCAGAACCGUCAACUGCCUCGACCUACAAGCACCAACAUGGGUGAUCAUCAGGAUGAUCUUACUGCUGCAUUUGCACUCAUGCAACAACAGAUGCAGCAGAUGCCGCAAACUAUCCAAGCGAACGCUGCAAACCAACGGAAUGCACCGGAGGAAGUUGAUCAGAUUGGCCAAAGGAAUCUAUUGCGUAAUCUACCUGCUACGCGAUCCGCCAUCAACCCUCCACCUUGCACUAGACAAGACUUUGAGAUCAAGCCCGCCUUGAUAGGUCUGGUGCAGAGGAAGAUCUUCAACGGACUUCCUGCAGAAAUACCGAUGGACCACAUUGAAAACUUUGAGAAGAUGUGUGGGUUCACUAAGGCGAAUGGAGUACCACCAGAUUACAUCAAGUGUACCUUGUUCCCUUUCUCUCUCGAUGGGAAGGCUGCUCGCUGGCUAGAUUCCCUACCAACUGGAUCGCUCACCACAUGGGAACAAGUCAGAUCCGCUUUCUUGAGCCACUUCUACACAAAAUCAAAGACGGCAGCUCUGAGACAGAAGAUCGCCACCUUUAAACAGCUGGUAGAUGAGCCGUUCUGCGACGCAUGGGAGCGAUUCAACGUCUACCGCAGGGAGUGCCCACAUCACGGUUUCGAAGAAGAUUAUCUACUCGGAGUUUUCUACGAUGGAGUAGGUUGGGAGUACAUGAAUGCUUUAAACUCAGCCAGUAAUGGAGAUUUCAUGACCCAAUCCACUCAAGGCGCUUUCGCGUUAAUUGAGAACAUGGCCUCAAGCUCAGCUGACAGCAACCGAGAGACUGACCGCACCCAAAAGGUGAACAGCAUCGACAAUAACAAAAUAGAUGAGCUCUUCGCCAAGGUCGAUCAGCUGAUUAAGAGUAAUCAGAACCAUGUCUUCAUCAUGGAAGAGUCUCCUCAGGAUAAAGGAACCACAGACACUACAUCAGAAGCGGACCAGGCGACUGAGGACCACCAUGAGGUUAGCUAUGUGAAUGGGCAAGGAUGGCAGUUUAAGAACUAUCACCCGAACCCUAACGUGAGGAACAACCCCCACCUGUUCAACAACCCUAAACCCGAUGGUAACGCAGAAAAUGCUCAAGGCAAUCAGGUUCAGAACAGUGGCUACCAACGGGGGUAUGGAAAUCAAGGAAGAACCUUCGUACUCAGCCCAGAUCAGAAUACUCAGUUCCACAACCAGAAACAACCGACUAUCCAGCAGCCUGCACAGCCUGCUCAAACUGCUCCACAGGACGAGAUGAAGAGUCUCGCCAAUAUGAUGAGCCAGCUGCUCCAAGGACAGCAGAUUCAGGGAAAAGCACUGAAUCAGGUCACAAACGACAUCAAUAACCGAAUGAAUCACAUGGUCAAUGACCUGAGUGCCAAAUAUGAUAAUGUCUCGAGCCAUAUGAGGCAGAUGGAUAUUCAGAUUGCUCAGACUGCUGAUAGUGUGAAGAGACAGCCAGGCACUCUUCCUGGAAAAACAGAUAAAAAUCCCAAGGAUUGUAAUUGUGACACCCCCGAUCAUAGAUGA